AUCGCGCAAGGCAUGAUGGGAAACAACAUGGCGCUGCAAGAUCGUACCCACGGGGCACGAGGUUGGCGAUACCGAUUCGUUGAUUCCUAAUAUCGGUGCAACAUACGCAGUGGGGCUGUGAAUGUCACCGGGUCAAUGCACCGUUGUAUGUGACUGAUUUUCUGCACAUAAUGGGGGGGGGCAAAGUUCUCCAUAAUGGCGUCUGAUAUCCGACAGUUCAGAGUGUGAAUGAAGAUUAGUCAUUCAGGGAUGUUCAGACACAGUCAUAGUUCCUAAAGAUUUUCCUUACUUUCAUAGUCUGUUUCGACCAGUGAAAAUUAGCAUCUCUCAUGAAUUUCUCAGCGAGUAACGACUACUGCGGAGAUGGCAGAUUCGUCCAACAUUCCGUCAUCAUGCAACACAUUGACAAACUGGAGUUGAGACCAGGAGACACGGUACUGGACGUGGGAUGCGGUACUGGGGAAGAAACCAAGUCAAUGGCUGGGAAAGUCAAGAGUGUAACAGGUAUUGACGCUUCAGAGGAAAUGGUAACAGUGGCCGUUAAGACCAACUCGGCACCAAACGUAGCAUACAGUCAAUGGGACGCCCGAGCCGUGGGGGACAACCCGGACUGGCGAGAGAGAUUCGACAAAGCUGUCUGUUUCUUCGUUCUCCACUGGAUUCCUGAGGAAACCCAAGCGCUCCGUAGCAUCUCGGCGUGUCUGAAGCCGGGCGGGCAGGCUCUGAUCAUCAUCAGUUUUGGGAACCACGACGACUCCUUCUUUUUACCCCGUGCGACUUCCUUCUUGAAAAGCCACGAGAAGUGGGGUGCUUUUGUCCAGGACUACAAGUCAUCACUGCACCUUUGGGACCUUUCGGUCCAAGAAACGCAGAAAGUCUUCAAAGCGUGUGGCUGGGCCGAGGCUAAGUGUGAAGUACGGAGGCAUGAACUGGUCCUGUCCGAAAUUCAGUUAAAAUUGUUUUUGAAGACAUGUCUUGGAGAAAUACCAUUGAUACCAGCGGAGGAUUAUUUGCAAGACUUGUGGCAGUGGGCGUUGGAUCGCUAUGGGGAUAAAUCUCAGCCCGGACAUGUCCUCAUCACUUUUGAAGUUAUGGUCGUACACGCUUGGAAAUAAGACUUGAAACCCUGUGGCGGUUUUCGCUUUCAAGUCUUUUUGUGGCGUUAUUUUGAUAUUUUUUUUAGGUUUAGUAGAGUCUUUCCUCGUGGUUGUAGUAUAAAAAAAAACAUGAAAAAAUAUGCUUAUGAGAUUGUUUAAUGGUUUCAAAAAUGAUGUUUUAUCUUCUCAACAUUUUGUGUAAGUACUAACAGAUUGUAUUAAUAAGGCAAUAAAUAUGUGCUUGGCCGGUUUUAAACACUAUGUUAGGAGUCUGGACGCUGAUAAUGACCCGAGCCGGUCACG